AUGGAUGACGACUUAUUCGCAUACCAAGUCGACGGUAUUCAGCGCAAAAACUUCCGCUUAACUAGGCGCAUCAACAAUCUAGAUCAGCAAAUAGGAGGAACAGGAGACACCACCCGGGAAAUCAAGAAAUUCGUCAAUCAACUUUAUGACAGCAUCGCUGAUUUAGUCGACAUUUGCACCGAAUACAUCAACUCAGACACCCCACAUGAUCCGAAUAUCAGUCAAAAGAUUGCCUUUCGUGCUUGGCGUACUUUCUUUCGCCCUAUUGAGGCGCUUCGUCGAAUCCCUUCGUGUGGAGAAUUCGUUGCGGCACGAAUGUAUCUCUGUGUUGGAUGGGGUUUCUGUGAGGCUCCAGUCAAACUUGGUUUCGAUCGCAAUGACCUGGCCAGAGAAACAAAACCGUUGUACGAGUUCAUCGCUGAUCUUGACGACAUUCUCUUGGAGCCCUUGAAGGAGAUCUGGACGCUCAGCGCAAAUCGCGAGCGUUUCGACUGGGUGUACACAGAUUUUGACUGCCCAUCUUUCCGUGCGACGGUUGGAGCGCUUUCACCACAAGAACAAAAAGACCUUGGCGGUAUCCGACCAAAGGAAUAUUGGUACAACGACCCAACAGAGUCUACAGAAUGGGUUCCUUACACAGGAAAGAUGCCACGAUGGGACUGUGGUGAGAAUGACUACUAUUAUUGCGAUUGGACGUGGGAGGGUUCUGACGGCCCCAUCGAUGAAUGGCUAGAAUACAAAGUGCUGACCGAUAAUGAUCCUGACCGGAGCACAUGGCAUGGGAUUGAUGUCUUUCGCAGAUCACGCCAAUUCUGUCUGGAUGCCAGGCAAAAGUCUGAGGAGCAUAUCGGACGACAACAACAUCAGGCCUUCGACGAGGCAACUCGUGACCGUCUCCCUCCCGAAUUGCGGAAUCAGAUCCUAGGCCACAUCGAGUAUCGCGACCCAUUUCCAUAUCUAGAGAAGCUCGACCUCGUAGAGGCCUAUGCCCCUUUCCCUCAAGUCGGCGGAAGCUGCACCCAAUGCGAUACCAGCAAAGUACAAACAACAGCAAAGCGAACCUGUCCCCAGAAAGCCAUGCACGUAUGGAAUAUGGCCCUGCGCCGCUUUCACACCUUCCACAAGAUCAGCUGCGAAACAUGGUCACUUUGCUCCCACCACGACUGCAAAGGACACCACGAUGACUACAGCUGGAAAGUCGAUAGAGAUCCUGGCUUCACCGCAUAUCUCGAAUCUCAAGCUGCACGAGGUAACGAUAACUUUGUUUCCCUUGACCAAGUUGGCUUCGGGCCUAUGAACCCCAUCAAAAUAGACCCAGCAGAAGACUGGAUACGACACGAUAAGCUAUUCAGAGGCAAGGGUAUCUACAGCGAUGCACGCGACGAUGUACUCAUGAUCGGAGGUCUAGGAGGAUUGAAGGAUUCCAUGAUUCAUGGACGAACCUUGACAGAUGGAUGGGAGGGAGACACCGACCUAUUUUAUGACAGCAAGGAAGAGGGUGUCUCGGAUAUGCCAACUACGUGGCCAUACGGACGGGAUUUGUCCUCUGAGAAGGUCGCCAAAGAGGUUAUGAGAGAGUUGCACUCGGAAACUGAUUGUGAGCUGUGCGUUAAUGUGACGAACGUAUUUGAUUUGAUCAUGUAG